ACGACAAUGUGUGAGCUGGCGCGAUGGUAGUAGCAGCUGACAUUGGUGCUGGAAUGGAUGAACGCUUCCUUCCGCGAGGUCUUCGAGCAAUUCCAAGGAGAGCACGGCUUCGAGCCGUGCGCUCUGCCGCAGGCGAUGCGCUUGCUGGGCAUGAACCCCACCGAUCAGCAAGCUUCGGAACUGCAACGGAAAUUCGGCGGCUGCAUUGGAUAUGAGGACUUCUCCAAGACUUCCAGGUCUUUGACCCGGAUCGCACUGGCAGGAUCUCUGUCCAAAAGCUGGUGGACAUCAUGAGGAUGUCAGGAAAUGUCUUCAGCGAAGCAGAGCUGGAGGACAUGUUGCUGAACGCUGGCGUUGACGGCACCACAGUGGAGUACAAGGAUGUGGUCUUCAAGCAUUUCUUCGGAGCCGGAAGCGGCUGCGUGGUGGGUGACUGGGAGUCGCUAAAGGCAGCGCAACCCAUGGAUGCUCUGCAGGAAGCUGCCACCUUGAACACUGUGGCCAAGCUGAAAGCAGAACGAGGACAGAUGCAGGAAGCCUUGGACUUGCACAGUCAAGCUUUGGCCAGAGUGGAAAGCCACGCAGCUGACCACCCCACGGCUGCUGCAACGCUUCACAGCAUGGCUGCUCUAAAGGAGGCGAUGGGCCAUGCUGAUGCAUUGGAGCUCUACCUGCGAGCUCUAGGUAUCCGCGAAAAGGUUCUGAGGCCGAAUCAUUUCUAUGUUGCCACAACGUUGGACUGCAUCGCGAAUCUGAUGGACCGCUCUGGGCAGAUAGAGGAGGCCCUGCGCUUUGCGUGCAGAUCUCUUGAGAUUUGGGAGCGGUUCUUUGGGUCGGAGCACUCCCACAUCGGGAAGAUCCUCUACAACCUGGCGGGCCGGCGCGAGCAGCUGGCCGACCUGCACGGCGCCCUGGAUUUCUACGUUCGCGCCCUGGGGAUCUUCACCCGGUCCCAAGGGGAGAGCGAGGAGGUGGCGGACACCCUGGACGGCAUUGCGGAACUGAUGAUCCGGCUGGGGCAGACGCGGGAAGCCGUGGACUUCUACCGACGCGAGCUCUUCAUCCGCGAGCGGCUGCUGGGCUCAGCUCACCCCGAAGUCUUGCAGCUCCGGGCCGUGAUGGCAUCCCUGGAGGCCAGCUGAAAGUCCUGCAGCCCGAUCUCGAGAUCUGAACCACGACGCGCAACGAGGAGAACUUCCUCCCGGCUGAGCUCUUGACGCGCGCGAAACGGCGCGCCGCGAGAGGAGAAGGCCCCUUGGGCCAUGCUGCAGA